AUGAGGCAAGGAAGAGAGAUGGGGAGAGAAGAUGGACGGGCGAGUGUGGAGGCUCCCGCAUUGUCCUUCUGGCCUAGUUCCUUCAACCAGAAGAAAUGUGACCACUGCCUGGCUAAGCAGAACCUGCCUUUUCUUUUAAAGCAAUAGAAGCAAACCUUUAAGCAAAAACGGCCAGUUCCUUCCCUGAGCGGAAGCAGCCAGGCGUCCUGGAGCAGAUUGUCUUUGUUCCUCAGAGACUCCCCUCAGGAGAGCCCUGGAAGGAAGCUGAACAAUGGCUGUGGGCUGUGCCUGCAGAGUUGCCUUGAGGUGCAGAACUCCAGAGCCCAGGGCGCCGGGCAGAAAGCUUGGAUAGAAAGAACCUUUUGCAAACAGGAAUGUAUCUUUGUAAUUCCCAGUACUAAAGACCCUAACAGGUGUUGCUGUGGCCAGCUCACCAACCAGCAUAUUCCCCCUCUGCCAAGUGUGACACCCAGCAAAAAUGGAGAAGAAAUCAAACAGGUGGAGACUCAGCCUGAAAAAUGGUCUGUCGCCAAACACACCCAGAGCUACCCAACAGAUUCCUAUGGGAUUCUUGAAUUCCAGGGUGGCGGAUAUUCCAAUAAAGCCAUGUAUAUCCGCGUAUCCUAUGACACAAAGCCAGAUUCGCUGCUUCAUCUCAUGGUGAAAGAUUGGCAUCUAGAACUCCCCAAGCUCUUAAUAUCCGUGCACGGAGGCCUCCAGAACUUUGAGAUGCAGCCCAAGCUGAAACAGGUCUUUGGGAAAGGUCUGAUCAAGGCCGCCAUGACCACUGGGGCCUGGAUCUUCACUGGGGGCGUCAGCACUGGUGUCAUCAGCCAUGUAGGGGAUGCCUUGAAAGACCACUCCUCCAAGUCCAGAGGCCGAGUUUGUGCUAUAGGAAUUGCUCCAUGGGGUAUCGUGGAGAAUAAGGAAGACCUGGUUGGAAAGGAUGUAACAAGAGUGUACCAGACCAUGUCCAACCCUCUAAGUAAGCUCUCUGUGCUCAACAACUCCCACACUCACUUCAUCCUGGCCGACAACGGCACCCUGGGCAAAUAUGGCGCCGAGGUGAAGCUGCGAAGGCAGCUGGAAAAGCAUAUCUCUCUGCAGAAGAUCAACACAAGACUGGGGCAGGGCGUGCCCGUCGUGGGCCUCGUGGUGGAAGGGGGCCCUAACGUGGUUUCCAUCGUCUUGGAGUAUCUCCGAGAAGACCCACCGGUCCCCGUGGUGGUUUGCGACGGCAGCGGACGAGCCUCGGACAUCCUGUCUUUUGCACACAAGUACUGUGAAGAAGGAGGGAUAAUAAACGAAUCCCUCAGGGAUCAGCUUCUCGUUACCAUUCAGAAAACAUUUAAUUACAACAAGACACAAUCACAUCAGCUGUUUGCAAUUAUAAUGGAGUGCAUGAAAAAGAAAGAACUCGUCACCGUGUUCAGAAUGGGUUCUGAGGGUCAGCAAGACAUCGAGAUGGCCAUUUUAACUGCCCUGCUGAAAGGGACAAACGCAUCAGCACCGGACCAGCUGGGCUUGGCGCUGGCUUGGAACCGCGUUGACAUAGCACGAAGCCAGAUCCUUGUCUUCGGGCCCCACUGGCCGCCCCUGGGAAGCCUGGCACCCCCGACAGAUAGCAAAGCCACAGAGAAGGAGAAGAAGCCGCCCACAGCAACCACCAAGGCUGGAAGAGGAAAAGGAAAAGGCAAGAAGAAAGGGAAAGUGAAAGAGGAGGUGGAGGAAGAAACUGACCCCCGGAAGAUCGAGCUGCUGAACUGGGUGAACGCUCUGGAGCAAGCCAUGCUGGACGCUUUAGUCUUAGAUCGAGUCGACUUUGUGAAGCUCCUGAUUGAAAAUGGAGUGAACAUGCAACACUUUCUUACCAUUCCGAGGCUGGAGGAGCUUUAUAACACAAGACUGGGUCCACCAAACACACUUCAUUUGCUGGUGAGAGACGUAAAAAAGGGCAACCUUCCUCCUGACUACCACAUCAGCCUCAUAGACAUAGGGCUCGUGCUGGAGUACCUCAUGGGAGGCGCCUACCGCUGCAACUACACUCGGAAGAGCUUUCGGACUCUUUACAACAACUUGUUUGGACCCAAAAGGCCUAAAGCUCUUAAACUUCUGGGGAUGGAAGAUGAUGAGCCUCCAGCCAAAGGGAAGAAAAAGAAAAAGAAGAAAAAGGAGGAAGAGAUCGACAUCGAUGUGGACGAUCCUGCUGUGAGUCGUUUCCAGUACCCCUUCCACGAGCUGAUGGUGUGGGCUGUGCUGAUGAAACGCCAAAAAAUGGCAGUCUUCCUAUGGCAGCGAGGCGAGGAGAGCAUGGCCAAGGCCCUGGUGGCUUGUAAGCUCUACAAGUCCAUGGCCCACGAGUCCUCUGAGAGUGAGCUGGUGGACGACAUCUCCCAGGAUUUGGACAACAACUCAAAGGACUUUGGCCAGCUGGCUGUGGAGUUGUUAGAUCAGUCCUAUAAGCACGACGAGCAGAUCGCCAUGAAACUGCUCACCUAUGAGUUGAAAAACUGGAGCAACUCGACCUGCCUCAAGCUAGCCGUCGCAGCCAAACACCGGGACUUCAUCGCUCACACCUGCAGCCAGAUGCUGCUGACCGACAUGUGGAUGGGACGGCUGCGAAUGAGGAAAAAUCCCGGCCUAAAGGUUAUAAUGGGGAUUCUUCUUCCACCCACCAUCUUGUUUUUGGAAUUUCGCACACAUGAUGACUUCUCGUAUCAAACAUCCAAGGAAAACGAAGAUGGCAAAGAAAAAGAAGAGGAAACUAUGGAUGCAAAUGCAGAUGCUGGCUCCAGGAAGGGGGAUGAGGAGAAUGAGCACAAAAAGCAAAGAAGUAUUCCCAUUGGCACGAAGAUCUGUGAAUUCUAUAACGCUCCCAUUGUCAAGUUCUGGUUUUACACAAUAUCGUACUUGGGCUACUUACUACUCUUCAACUAUGUCAUCCUGGUGCGGAUGGACCGCUGGCCCUGUCUCCAGGAAUGGAUCGUCAUCUCCUACAUCGUGAGCCUGGCGUUAGAGAAAAUACGAGAGAUCCUCAUGUCAGAGCCAGGAAAACUCAGCCAGAAAAUAAAGGUUUGGCUUCAGGAGUACUGGAACAUCACGGAUCUCGUGGCCAUUUCCAUGUUCAUGAUUGGAGCAAUCCUUCGCCUACAGAAGCAGCCAUACAUGGGUUAUGGCCGAGUCAUCUACUGUGUGGAUAUCAUCUUCUGGUACAUCCGCGUCCUAGACAUCUUUGGUGUCAACAAGUAUCUGGGGCCCUAUGUGAUGAUGAUCGGAAAGAUGAUGAUCGACAUGCUGUAUUUUGUGGUCAUCAUGCUGGUUGUGCUGAUGAGUUUUGGAGUGGCCCGUCAAGCCAUUUUGCACCCAGAUGAGGAGCCUUCUUGGAAACUAGCCCGAAACAUCUUCUACAUGCCCUACUGGAUGAUCUAUGGAGAGGUGUUUGCAGACCAGAUAGACCCUCCUUGUGGUGACAACCAGUAUGAUGAGGACGGCAAGCGGCUCCCUCCUUGUAUCCCAGGUGCCUGGCUCACGCCGGCCAUCAUGGCGUGCUACCUGCUGGUAGCCAACAUCCUGCUGGUGAACCUCCUCAUCGCAGUUUUCAACAAUACCUUCUUUGAAGUAAAGUCAAUAUCCAACCAGGUGUGGAAAUUCCAGCGCUAUCAGCUGAUUAUGACAUUUCAUGACCGACCAGUCCUCCCUCCACCAAUGAUCAUUUUAAGCCACAUCUACAUAAUCAUUAUGCGUCUUAGUGGUCGCUGUAGGAAGAAAAGAGAAGCGGACCAAGAUGAACAGGACCGUGGAUUGAAGCUGUUUCUCAGCGAGGAGGAGCUGAAGAGGCUGCAUGAAUUCGAGGAGCAGUGCGUGCAGGAGCACUUCCAAGAGAAGGAGGAUGAGCAGCAGUCGUCCAGUGACGAGCGCAUCCGAGUCACUUGUGAGAGAGUUGAAAAUAUGUCAAUGAGGUUGGAAGAAAUCAAUGAACGAGAAAAUUUUAUGAAAACUUCUCUACAGACUGUUGACCUUCGGCUUUCUCAACUAGAAGAAUUAUCUAGCAGAAUGGUAAACGCUCUGGAAAAUCUUGCGGGAAUUGACAGGUCCGACCUGAUACAGACACGGUCCCGAGCUUCUUCUGAAUGCGAUGCAACUUUUCUUUUAAGGCAAAGCAGCAUCGGCAGCGCUGAUGGCUACAGCGUGUGUAGAUAUCAUUUUAAUGGAGAGGAGCUGUUGUGUGAGGAUACUUCUCUCUCUAAGCCAGCAGGGACAGGAUUCAGGAAAAAAACUGGUUCCUUCCGUAUGAAGGAAGAGAAGGACCUGAAAACGCAUCUGAUACCAGAGCGUCAAGGCAGCCUUCACCUUCUAUCCAGCACGAGCAUACCAGCAACACCAGAGUGCAGUCAACUUGCAUUCGACAACGUAAAGUACACCUCAGAGCUGAAAUUAGGUCCAGAUAUUGGGAUUUCAGCUGAAGAUGAUGAAAGGCAGACAGACUCCAAAAGAGAAGAAACUAUUUCCCCAAGUUUAAAUCAAACUGAUGUUAUGAAUGGACAGAACAAAUCAGAUUUUCAAAACACUCAGCUAACAGUGGAAACAACAGAGAUAGAAGGCACUAUUUCCCAUCCCCUGGAAGAAACAAAAAUGACACGCUAUUACCCUGAGGAAACGUUCAAUGCUUGUAAAACAAUGAAGUCCAGAAGCUUUGUAUAUUCCCGUGGAAGAAAGCUGGUCAGCGGGGUUAACAACCGCAGCACGGAUUACAGUUCAGUCAUGGACCAAGCAGGCCCCUCUACAAUUCAACAAUGGAUGACAGAAUGGAAAUAUCAAGUUAGAAAGAUUACACGUUCUCACAGUACAGAUAUUCCUUUCAUGGUGUCAGAUGCUGCAAUGCAAGCCAAGCAUAAAGAACAAUUUACAGAUACUGAAGAUGAAAACUGUGUUUCUGAAACAGUCCCUCAAAUUUCUCGUUUAUCUCUAGCUGUUACUGACAGAACUGGAAAGGAAAACUUACUGUCUGUGAAAACAGACCAAACUUUGGGAUUCCCAUCUUUAAGGUCAAAAAGUUUACAUGGCCAUCCUAGGAGUGCUAAAGCCUUUCAGGGCAAAUUAGAUAGACCUGGGCAUGCCAGCAGUGUAAGUAACUUAGUAGUUGUGUCUGGAGUUACAAAGGAAGAACAGAAGGUUAAGCAAGAGAAAACCUCCACAGAAACUGAAUGCUAACAUGUCUCGUUUCUUUGAUUUUUAAAUCAAAACCACUAAU